UUUUCGGCGCUGCGAUACACCUGUUGAACGGAGAAGUGUGCUGCGGUUCUGUGAACUAUGGCGCCUUCCGAAGUUCGUAAAGCCUCGUCAAAUUUUAAUUAAGUCUCUGCCGCUUCUCUUUCGCGCUCUGAGCUUCAGAAUGGACACCAGGUCGAGCUCGGGGUCCAUGAGGGGGACCAAAAAGCAGAGCAGCGGAAGUAACAGUGCCGAGAAGCUGAAAAAGCCGAGCAAAAGGAAGCGGAGAAAACAGAAGAAACAGGGCAGUACACCUGAGAGUAGCUCAGAACCAGAUGCCAAGAAGUGGGGACAAAGACCUGUCUUCAAAUAUACUGGCCAACCAAGAACUUAUGUGAAGAAAGGCACGCCUCCAGUGUUCAAGUACAGCGGAGGACCGCAGAGGCCAAAGGUCGCCUUCAAGUCUUCACAGUCGUCCCCGGCGCUCACCGCCGCCCAGGCCGUGGACAAGGGAACGUCCCAGCUCCGCUCCAGUAGUAACAGUAGCGUGGAGAACAGAGACCCUAGUCAGACCGCGAGUACCGUCAACGAAAUCACCAAGAAAGUCAACGAGAGUCUUAGAUGGGAGGACCCUUGUGAGGACACGGAAGACGAAGAGGAGAGGUUAAGAAUCUACAAGAUGAACAGGAGGAAAAGAUACCUCGCUGCUGCUCAGAAGAUGGGACUGGAGUAUGGAAAUUCUGUGUACAAGGACGGGACAGACCCCAUGCCAAAGAAGAGCGGUUCAAAUUUCAGUUUCCAGGAGUUUGACUCGAGUAAAAGCAGUCCCAGUCCUCUUAUGGAAUCGUUGCGUAAGGAUGCCAGUAGCACGGGAUUGGUCAACCAGGCUGUAUAGGGUUGUAGAUUUACAUAUAUAACUACAAUAGAAGAUUCAGUGUUUUAGCCAGUCUUUCCAUCAUUUCACAGAAUUUGCUGCUCUUGACAGACGAAAAUUUUGCCUUAUUCAUAAUCUUUGAUGGACAAAAAUUGCUGUGUAAAGAUAUGGAAAGAGAUGACAUCAACCUAAGGUGAGCUAGUCUUCCAGGAAAAUUUGCCCCACAAAUGCAGGAAAUAGCAUUUCAAAAUUUCCCAGUGGGAGCAUGCCCCUGGACCCCAGUAGAAUUGUGCCUUUGGUGCUCAAUAACAAAAUUGAAAUGAUGGAUAAAAAUUUCACUUUCAGGCUGGCUAAAACAUAAGAGUGUCCAUUUGUUUUAGUGAUUGAUAUCUUUCAAUUUUGAUGACAGUACCAUAUAUGUAUUGGCAGAUGGGCAAAUACAAUGGGCCUGUUUUAUUAGUUUGUGCCAACAAUAACAUUUUAAUAAAAGUAGAGUCAAUUGUCUGUUAUAUCUAGCCUGGGACCCAGACUUGCUUGACCAGUUGUCUUCCUCAACUGUAGGAACAGAUCCCAGCCUAGCAAGCCUGAAUCUGAGGCUAACCUCCCAAAUCUACUUCCUCAUUUUCAUUAUUUAUUGAACCAUGGAUUUUAACUCCAUGAUUGAACCAAAAAAGCCAUAACAUGUCUUCCAUGUGAUAACAUAUACCAAAGAUAUUUCACUAAGUAAUAACAGUAUAAAAUCACAUAUUACAAUAUUAAUCUAGAGUGUUUGUUGGAUAGUCGACAGACAUAUUCUAAUACAAUGGUAUUAAGGUUACUAUCAUCGUCAUUAAGGUUAUACAUAUUUUUAAGAGUAUUGAUAACUGUCUUUGUUCAUGACAAUCAUAUCACUGUGUAUAUUUUGUAUGAUGUUGCUAUAACAUUAUUUUAUAUAAUGUUGCUAUAACAUUUGUAAUCAGGAUCCUGUGUUCUGUAAUGUUUAUUUCUCCUGUUGAACUGUUGAUAAAAAAAGGUUGUCAUUUGUUAUGUUGAAUGGGUUGU